UUUCGCGGUCUUUCGGGAAAAGUUCCUGGAGGAUGUGUCUCUGGAAACUGGCCCUGGCAAUUCUAAUUUUGGAGAGUUCGUUUCUCGUGGCUGGUGAACGCUCUGAUUCCUUUUUAGACAGUCCUGUGCUAUUUCCAAGCGUUGAUUAAUUCAGAGUUUCAGGAGGAGAUAACAAAUGCCAGGGCUGUCCAUGGACUACCUGGAGGACUUCCUGAUGGAGUUUGACCAGGUGGUUCAGGAGUUCGACAAGGGGGAGCAUUCCCAGUACGAGCAGCACCUGGAGGAGCUGAAGAGCCGGACUCUCCCCGGCACGAGCAGCGAGGAGCUGAAGAAGCCGCCCCCUCCCAGGGUGUACGACAGCGGCAUCGAUGAUUCAGCGAGUGAGGGCAACAGCCCCUCCCUGGGCAGCAGCCUGAACACGAGCCAGGAGGACCUCGGUUCUUCCGCCCACCCUGCGGCUCCCUACUCCCAAGCCAAACUGGGAGAUACCCACGAGCUGGAGGAAUUCAUUGCGGACCUGGACAGGGCGCUGGAAGAGAUGUGAGCAGCUGGUCCGGCCUGCUCAGGACAAGCCCCCCUGCUGUCCAGCAGGGCACCCGGCUCCACUGUGCCGGCCCACCGCUGCUGGCUCACACACGGGGCCUGCCUCCCCUCCCCUCGGCAGACCCACCGGCCUGGAUCAAGACUGGCUGCUGCUCCUGGGAGAAGAAGCCAAGGCCGUCGGACCGCGUGACUUGGACCCCCGCGACGGCGGAGCGCUGAGUGUCACCAAGGAGCCCACCUUGAGUCCAGCUCCCAAGACACAGUUUUGGUUACUUGCCACCUUGGCCACUCCGCUUGGCCUCUGGUUGUUCCCCAAGGCAUGGACCUCUUUUAAAAAGCGUUUUAGAACGGACUGGUGGGUGGCAAGGACUGAGAGUCCUCCUUCAGGAGAGCCUGAAAGGCCACAGGUCUGAGGAGCAGCCUUCACCGCAGACCCAGAAGGCGUCCCAUGGAGGAAGGAGUUACCCAGCGCUCUCUGGACGGAAGUGCCUGUGGAAGGAGCCUGCUGGUGGCUUCAGGCCGGGCUGAGCAAGCCGGGGGCCCUUCUCCAUAUGCCAAGACAGUUUAAAAACAAGGCAGAGGCGGCCGGCAUUGGCAUGGCUCGAACCCAUCCCUCCGCCCUGAGCAAAAGGACCCCGUCUUGCUUCCGUGGCCAUUGGCUCCCACUGCAGAUGCUCCAUGCAUGCACGAAGCUCCAGGAAGCCUGCACCGCCUCCUCUUUUUAAAGGAAGCGGCCACCUCGGCGUCCCCCCUGGGCUCGAAAAGCGGGGACGUGUCUUGCCUCCUCAGCACGCCUGCUAAACUGCUGGACUGGGGCAGCUCCUCUUCCGCCAUGGCUGUGCCAUAGUGUGGACAUUGUUAUAUAAUGUGCUUUUAGAUUGUAUAUGUAACUAUGCAAAUAAAGGGAGCUGUUGCCAACAUAA